GAUUUCACUUACGUAAUAUUUGUGAAUGUAGGCUGACUGGAUACCACUCGUUGAGUCGGGUAGUGUGUCGGUUAUUUUUACCCCCCACCGACAGUCAGCUUUUCCAUCUGACUCACAUCAAGAGACGACCAUGGCGUACGUACACGCCCUGCUGGCUCUGCUGCUGACGGCCUCAUCAUAUGUUAACGCCCAGAAUGCCUGCAGCGUACGGCUUGACGCGGCGUGUGUGGCGGCCGUGAGGUCCCUCUACACCAACACCUCGGCCUUCUGGUUUGGGACGAGGUACGCGACGGACUGCCCACCUGGCUCGGGGAGCCCUGUGUGUACGAAUAACUCACCAUCCCGAACCUCCCUCCUCACUCGACUGAUGGGGGACGGUGCCACCGACUCCAGGGGGCUAGCCUUCGUCCUCAACGUCACGUACCCCAUUACUCUUCCAGCUGAUGGAUCUGACCGAAUAUACAACGGCUGUGGGAGGAUAGUGUACGCGCCUUUGACCAGACCACAAAAUUUCGUCGUCGACCCCCUCGCCAACACCGUCUAUCCCCCUUACGACCUGCGCGAGGAACCGGAAGUGACGUGGCCAGCGGAGGAAAACGCCCUCUACACUGUUAUUAUGUUUGACCCUGCCCCGUUCUACGUGCAUGCAUUAUACGUCAAUGUCGCCGGCGGCAGACUACAGAAUGGAGACACGAUAUUACCCUACUCUGGUCCUGGAAACCCCGUGGAUCGGGACAACCCGUACGUCUGGCUCGUGUUUAAGCAACAGAGAGCACUGAACGCCUCCCUGAUCCCCCGCGUCCGAAUCCCGGUCUACGUGGAAGACCUUGUAUCUCAGCUGGAGCUCUCAACCCAGUCGUAUGGCAUCAGCGUGGUCAUGACCAACACGGAUGAGUUCACCGCUGUCUUCAUCCGGUCAGUUAAUUUCAUGAAUAGAUGUCCAGUCUUUUAUGGGCAGUGGUUGAGCAGCUACAUUCAGAAAAGAGGUGGGCUCCCGUCACUUCCGACGCGUCUUGAUCUCAGUGUAUCCGUUGACGUCAUCUUUACGGCCCCUGCUAUAACGUACACAUCGUGCGGACUAGUGUACGAGGGAAGCCCGGUGAACGUCACUGUAGAUUAUCGGAACAUGGAUCUAUUACGCACCGUGGAGACUCGGAACUCCCCCCAAGUCAGCCUGGUUCCCCUUGUGAUCAGAGGUCAACCCCCCUCAGUCACACUGAAAGACAAGCAGUACACCCUAAUGAUGCUCGACAUUAACCCCGAGCUGGGAAAGACCAAACAGAACUCCAUCAUUCAUUGGAUGGUCGUCAACAUCCGGGGUACUGACAUCAGUUCCGGUGAAGAGGUGUAUGACUGGUUAAUGCCGUUGACACCAACGUUGAAUCGGCUCUACCUGUUUGCCUUGUUUGAACAGACGGCGCAUGUCAGCACCGCAACGGCGAGGAGUUACGUUGGAGCCAACUGUCCUUCUUUCAUGGUAUUCCGGUGCAACUUUAGAGCUGGCGACUACAUCCGUGACAACAACCUCUCCCUCGUGGGUCUACGACAUCUCAGAGUCAUCCCCGACACCUACCAACAGUAUAUGUCGUACGCCGUGUUCAAGUUCAACAUCAUGGCCCAAAGUUGCUGGGGGCGCACUGAGAACGCUCCACCUUGCUCCUCUUCCCAGAAGAUUAUAGUUGGGUAAAAUCCUAUCUGAACACUGGGUUUAAGUGGGGAACUGUGUAUCUCUACAACCUUGCGUGUUUCAUAAACGAGGCCAGCGAAUGAUUUCCGUUAUCUUUACCACUGAACACCCCGGUUCAACAAACUCUUCUGGAUGUUGCUCUUGAAAUAAAGAAUAGCGAGUA